AUGGCUUCUUCAGUUCAACAAUCUGCUUCGUCUUCUCAACAACAACAACAACAAACUGUCUAUUCUCCAUUAAAAACUUGUCUAAUUCCGAUGGCUGAAUUGGAAGUUCUAGGGGAACUCAUGGUAGACUUUGAUAAUCUUCAAGAACAUGGGUUUAACUUGAAGAACAACAUGCUGGUUCAAGGCUGGGCAAACUACUUUUAUCGUCUCAUUGGACCAGUUUACCCUUAUUUAGUAAAGGAAUUUUGGAUUCAUGCUACCCUAACUCCCAAAGCUAUCAUCUCCUUUGUCUUAGGGCAAGAUAUUUCAAUUACUGAGAAUCUCAUAAGGAAGUUAUUGAAUCUCCAAGGUUUGGGUGGAGUAACUGGCGCUAUUCCUGGGAGAACCGAUUGGGAAACAAUUUACCUAGAAUUCUUUACAUCUGGUAAAGGAUCACCAAACACCAAGGAUAUGAAGCCUUCAUACAGAGUUUGGGAAAAGAUCAUUCGUGGAACUAUAAACCACAGAAAAUCAACUAUCUCGACAACCAAUAUAAAUCAAGACCAGCAGUUCCUUCUGUAUUGCAUUGGGAAGAGUAUGAGAGUUGAUUUACCUCACAUUCUGUUCCAUCAUCUGAGGACUCAUAUGAAGGAAUCAAGAGAAGCAUAA